UUCUAGGAAGUUUCCUCCGUCUUCUCUCUCCCACCUCCCAUUUCAGUCUUGGAACAUUACCAAGUUCAAUUUACCUGAAAAAAAACAUUACCAAGAUCUGCAUUGGUCUAAAUGGUUGACUUUUUUGGUUUGGUGUUUUCUUUUCCAAAUGACAAGAUAUUGUUUUGACUUUUGCCUUCCUUUUUCGCCUACAUUCACACUUAUUACCAGGAAAUUAAAGUUAUGACAAAAAAAAUAUGUGGAUGAAGGAAUGCGGGGCGUGGUUACUGGGAAGUUUACUUGGUCUUAUCUCCAUCCUUACGUUCUCCAUUUCACACACAACCACGCAUGUAUGUAUGUUCAAGGACUUCCAAGUUUUUAAAUUACAAAGAGUUCAUUCCUAGCAUCCGAAUCAUGAUAAUUAAAAUGGUUUUCAAAUUCUUAAAAUUCUGUAGAAAUAACCAGCCACAGGCGACGACACUGCCAGAAAAUGUUGUCCCGGAAUCAUCCAUGGAGGUGGUUCUUAAUGGCCACGUCUCCAAAAUUGAUCAUCAUUUGCAAGCCGCGGAUGAGACAGAGUCCACAACCAUCUCUGCUGACGGUCAGAGCAAAUCCAACAGCGCUAUCCAGAUCUCCAAUAUUGCUCAACUUGAAAACGAAUUUCGAGUCAUCUUGAUAAGCCUCACCUGUCCAACCGGCACCAAUCCAGGUAAGUCUUCAACAAGCUCAUGUUCCAUAACUGACAGUGCUCCUAGCUAUGAGCACUGUAAUUUUGUAAAGUUGAAUAGGGAGAAAAAGGAUGAUCUUCGCAGCAUAGCUGAGAGAAUGAACUCGGCCGGAAUUCUUGGGAAGGGCAUCGAAGUGUACCAGAGUGUAAGGAAGACUUUCCUGGAAACAAGUCUCUGGAAACUCGGCAUCCAGAAAUUAACUAUGAAUGAUAUUCGUAGUUUGGAGUGGGAAGAACUGCAGGAGAAGAUCAGACGGUGGAUACAAGCUGCUAAGAUUUGGGUUAGUGUUCUCUUUGCGAGUGAAAAGAGACUUUGUAAGCAUGUGUUUGGAGGUCUUGGGAAUGCCAUUGUUGAUGAUAACUGUUUUGCAGAAACAGUUAAGGAUCCUGCAUUUCAAUUAUUUGAGACUGGGAAAGCAUUAAGCAUCUGCACAAGCAACAGAUCACGACGCCCUGAGAAGCUAUUCAGAAUUUUAGACCUCCACCAAAUGUUGCUGCAGCUUUCGAAAGAUCUGGACAUUAUUUUUAGGUCCAAAUCAUUAGAAGCUGUUGCAAUUGAGGCUGCUGAGAUGCUGUUGCUGCUUGACAAAGCUGCAGGACAGAUUCUUCCGGAAUUUGAAAACUCCAUGCUUCAUGCACAGUUUCAUUUUCAGGAUCACGAAGGCGGGAUUGACACCUUAACAACAUAUGUUAUGAGCUAUAUUACUCAGAUCGCUUACUACAAGCGCGGGCUAACUAAAUUGGUCGUAUCAAAGCCAGAAUAUGGGAGGAAUAUUUGUGGUCAUAUGACAAUUUUAGAUAUGGAACUCUCAGAACUUGAUGGGCGUACUAGUACUCCAUUGAUGGUCCAUUUAAUUUGGAUCAUUGAAAUUUUGCAAUUCAAGCUAGAGGCUAUAUCCAAGCGCUACAAGGAAGCCUCUUUGGCUCAAUUAUUCCUGAUGAACAAUGUUCACUACAUUGUUGAAAAAAUCAAAGAACACCACGAUUUGGGAAAGAUGGUUGGGGACGCUUACUUGAAGAUGUUGAUCGAAAAAGUCCAGCUACUAAUGAAUGCCUAUAUGGGAUCAACAUGGGACAGGGUCAUCUAUUGUCUGAGAGAUGAAGGACUAUAUGCAAGUCGGGGUCGGUCUUCGAAGGUGUCAAAGAGGGUGUUGAAAGAAAGGUUCAAGACCUUCAAUGCUACAGUAGAAGAGGUUCGUCAGAAUCAAGCCAAAUGGGUGGUACCAAACCAAAAGAUCCGAAUUAAACUUCGCCAUUCCAUAUCAGAGAAGCUGAUUCCGACCUACAGUUCCUUUUUCAAAAGGUUCACAAGCCAUUUAGGGAACGAGAAUCAACAAGAGAAAUACAUUAAGUAUAAGGUUAAGGACCUUAAGAUUGUGAUCUCAAAUUUCAAGAAUGGGUAACAAGCUAGCAUGUAAGCCCGCUUGAGACCUUGUCCAAACACUUACCAUGUCAAUCCAAACCCAUAAGCUCUUCUUUAGAGAAAAAAUGUACCCAAUUUGCACCAAACAUUCUCAUAAGAACGAUGUUAGCAGAUAUGAUAGCCACGAUUUAUGGAAUGACUUACCAUAUUAGCGAGAUUUGAUUAUGCUAUAGAAUAUACUUUAGAAAUUUGAUUUAAUUUCAUUUCUUAUAAUAUGAGCAUGUACUUUUUUAUCUAUAAAUA